GCGCUUUGGGGUCCUUAGGGACUAGUAAAGCGCUAUACAAAUACAGGCCACCUACCAUUUACCUCUAAUUUCCACCUUCUAAAUUAAGAUAACACUGACGUUAUUGACCUUCAAAUUUAACCAGAUACUUACUUGGCUUUGAGUAACACUUUAAGGAAUUCUGGACUAAUUUUUGCACAUUAAACAAAUAUGUAGUGCCUUUAGUCAUUCACAAUUCCCACAACAGAUCAGUAGAGUUGGCUGGUUCCUCUCCAGAUGUUUUGAAACUUAGCAAUUGCUCCUCGUUGUCUAACCAGUCAGGACAGCAGCAGUUUUCAGGGGUACUAACAAAAAUUUUAAAUGUAUAUUUUUUCAUAUUGUUCCAGUAUUUAUGUAUGUAUGUAUUGCUUUAUGUGUACUUCACCUACCUAUUAAUAUUCAACAACUUGCUAGUUUUUUAUAGCUUUGCACACUGUUCAAAACUCCACCCAGCUUCUUUAUCAUUGUUUGUAGUAUAUAAUAAGUAAUUCAUUGUCCUCUGCAGCGCUCUCAGUCCCGCUACAGCUUCGUUCCACAUUACAAUAGCAGCAUAACUCUCUCUCUCUCUUUGCAGACAUGUCGACCAAGGUUGCCGUGGUCACCGGCAGUAACAAAGGCAUCGGUCUGGCCAUCGUCCGAGCGCUUUGCAAGCAGUUCAAUGGAGACGUUUACGUCACCUCCAGAGAUGUAGGUCGGGGUGAGGAAGCAGUGAAGACUCUGAACUCAGAGGGACUGAAACCCAAGUUCCACCAGCUGGACAUCAAUGACUUGAACAGCAUUAAAAACGCUGCUGCCUACUUUAAAGGGAAGUAUGGAGGAGUGGACAUUCUCAUCAACAAUGCUGGAAUAGCAUUUAAAGCGUCAGACACAACUCCAUUUGGUGUCCAGGCAGAGGUGACCCUGAGGACAAACUUCUUUGCCACCAGAGACGUGUUGACUCACUUCUUGCCACUCGUCAAAGCUGGAGGGCGUGUGGUGAACGUCUCCAGCAUGCUUAGCGCCAGCGGUUUGAAACAGUGCAGCCCAGAACUCCAGCAACGUUUCCGCAGUGAGGACAUCACAGAGGACGAGCUGGUGGCACUGAUGCAACGAUUUGUUGAUGAGGCCAAGAAAGGAGAACACAAGCAAGGCGGCUGGCCUGAUAUGUCAUAUGCAGUAUCCAAAAUUGGAGUGACGGUACUAUCCAUGAUUCAUGCUCGUCGUCUGUCUAAGGAGAGACCAAAAGAUGGGAUCUUGAUUAAUGCAUGCUGUCCAGGGUGGGUACGCACUGAGAUCGCUGCGCCAGGUGCCCCAAAGUCACCAGAUGAGGGCGCCAUAACACCGGUCUACCUGGCCCUGCUUGCCCCCGGAGCCACUGAGCCUCAUGGAAAGUAUGUCUCCGAUAAGGAAGUUCAACCAUGGUGAUAGAAAGUUGAAUAUCUAAUGACAUAAAAAAAUAAUGUACAAAAACAAUGUAGUUAUUUUAUAAGUUUAUACUUUUUCUUGCCAGAAUGAAAUUUGUAAUAUUUAAGGCCAUAGUACAAACGCCCGUAUCACACAGCUAAAACCAAAAUGUUUUCCAGUUUAAAUGUUUUGUUAGGUUAAACCCAUCAAUUUAAAAAUGAUGUUCUGAUAACUGACAGUGUUCAACUGAUGAAAACAAAACUUAGCUAUAUUUUUUUCUUACGUGUUUUAACAUGUGAAAAGUAAACUUGC